GAGAGGAAAAAAAAAAAAAAAAGUUGGCACAAAAUCAACCAAUGCUGAAAAAUUAGGGUUUUCUACAGCAACAAAGAGAGAGAAAAACAAUGGGAGGAAAGGGAAAGAGAAGAAGAGAGAAAAACUACAGGGCUGCUCAUGGCGGCUACAGUGGCCUCCCUCCUCCACCCAAAGCUUCCCAACUCGAUGCUUUGCCUUCUAAACUUCGCAAAAUCAUGUCUUUCACUCACCACCAAAAUGGGGCUAAUGGGUCGUCAAAGACCAAGAGUAACGAUGAUGGGCGUGCCCAAAAUAAGACUGCGGCAGAGGAAAGAGGUGAUGCUGGAACUUUAGAUGUCAAACUGGAGAAUAUUAAUGGAGAAUUGAAGGCACCUCAACAUAUGGAAGUCAGUGAUGAACAGAUUUUAGAAAAUGGUGCAAUUGACAAGAAGAAGAAAAAAAGAAAGAGAAAGGAAGUUAAAGAUCUCAGGUUUGCAAUGGAAGUGGAUAAAACAAGCUCUCAGUUAAAAAGAAAGGAGCGUAGAAAAAAGUAUUUGGAAUCAAAAAAGAAGCACAAAAAAUCCCAUGAAAAAGAAGAAAUGGACUUCCCUGGACAUGAAAAAAUAAAAUUCGGAGAUAUUGUACAAGCCCCACCCAAGUUAGCUGUUCCUUCUAAGGUAUUCAAGAAUGCUCAAGAUGCUUCUCAAGAGAGGCUUAGACUCCGGGCUAUAGAGGAAUACAGGAGUCGCAAAGGAUGGACGUCAAGGCCAGGAAGUCACAUUCCUCCUCCAGUGACUAUGUCAGACUCUUAAGUCACUCGGCAUGUUGUCAAGCAUACUAUGCUUACAUGAGGUUUAUCUUCAUUCAGAGGCAAUUUAUGGGUUCUUACAAAAGUAUAAUCUGAUGACACAUUUGUUCAUGUGUGGAAGUUGUUACUUAUACCAUUCGAUCCAUGAAAAGCCAAUUUUUGAGCUGGAUAGGAUAGCUAAAUUUUGUUAGAUUAUAAAGAAAAUUAUCAACUGACAAUGAUGUUAUUUAUAUUUUUUAUUUCUUAAUAUUCUUUAAUCUAUGUUUACCUUGGUUAGCUUUCAACUUUGCUUUAAGUGAUGAAAUCCAUCUUUGAACAUCUGAUA